AUGGACAUCGGAUCGUCACUGCUUCAGAGGAUAAAACCCUGCGAAUCUGGGAUGUGGAGAAAAAAAUUAGUGGGAGGGCCAUUUGAGGAACAUAGCGACCAUGUGGUUUCAGUUGCUGUAUCGCCAGAUGAUAGGCGAAUUGCGAGUGGUGGAGGAGAUAAUGGAGCCAUCAUCAUCUGGGACAUCGACUCUAGCGAGCAGAUGGUAUUCAAAUCAUUGGUGAAACAUACAGGGCGGGUUUGGUCGGUGUGUUUCUCUCCUGACGGACAGAGACUCGCAAGCGGGUCAUUUGAUAGAACGGUUAUUAUAUGGGAUGCGGAGACUGGCGCUGUUCUCUCAACACUCCAAGGCGGCGGUCCAGUCUUCUGUGUCGCCUUCAGCCCCGAUGGGCUAAAAUUAGCACACGGAACACGGCGCAGCAUUCGGGUUUGGAGCACCGAUAACGCCGAGCUUCUUCUCAAGAUCCAAGCUCACCAAGAUUUCGUUGCAAGUGUUCUGUGGACGCCCGACGGCCAGCAACUUGUCUCUGCAUCACACAACAAGACAAUCAAGUUUUGGGACUCGUUGAAUGGGACCCAGAUCGGUCAACCUUGCACUGGUCACACUAAGGAAAUCUACUCGCUGGUCAUCUCUUCUGAUGGUUCCUUCAUUGCAUCCGCCUCAUUCGACAACACUGUGCGCCUGUGGAGCACAAAGUCACACCAGCAAAUAGGACAGGCAUUCGAACACGCCACAUCAGUCAUCUUCGUCGCCAUCUCUCCCAACGGAGAACUGCUUGCAGCAUUCGGGACGGAUCCCUCAUAUGAUUUCUACUUUGCGCACCGCAGUAAAGUGAAGUUGGGCCACAACCUCUAUGCGGAAGCCCUUUCGGACGCGAACAAGGUCAUUGAGCUCAACCCUUCAUCUUAUAUCGGGUACGAACUGAAGCAUGCAGCUCUUCAUGGAGCACAGCACUAUGAUGAUGCAUUCGACGCCUUCACAAUUAUGCUCUCCAGGUUGGAUGAUGCAUCCGACCCGCGGAUACGACAACUACGCCAGAAAUACGUCAGUCCAUCUGAAGUAGAGGAUGCUAUUCGACGAGCCAUUCAUGCUCAACUGGAAAACGCUCCACUUCGUCUAAUCGACACCACCACUGGGCAUGUAUGUGAUCGAAAUGCCCAGGUCAACGGCUUCACGGAGAGUACAGAGUGCAAAGAACUUUUGUAUUCAUUAAUGAUGCAUGCGCCCCUCCAAACGGAUCUCAUCAAGAAGCGGUCAUCAAGUGCUUCAGCCAGGAACAUAUACGGCUUGAAUCCGGUCGGAACCAUUGUGAAGUUGCAGAAUUUCUGCAAAGUCGUUCGCGACGCGGGGUAUCGCUGGGCAUGGAGCGAUACAUGCUGCAUCGACCAGUAUAACAACGUCGAGCUACAAGAAUCAGUCAAUUCCAUGUUCGUCUGGUAUCACUACUCAGCGCUCACCAUCGUCUACCUAUCAGAUGUUCCUCCUUCGUCAGAGUCUGGCGCGCUCGCAAAUAGCAUUUGGAACACUCGAGGAUGGACCGUUCAGGAGUUCCUCGCUCCUAAAAUUGUUCUCUUCUACCAAGCAGAUUGGACCCUAUAUCUCGACGACCGCUCACGCAACCACAAGGAGUCUGUCGCUAUUACGCAGGAGUUGGAGCGUUCAACUGGCAUAAAUGCGCGGGCGCUCGUGGCCUUCCGCCCGGGGAUGAGAAAUGCCCGAGAGAAACUUCGAUGGGCAUCAACGCGUGUCACUACGUUGCAGGAAGACAUCGCGUAUUCGCUGUUUGGCAUCUUCGGCGUCCACCUUCCUGUGAUCUACGGAGAAAAAAGACAGAAUGCGCUCGGACGUCUCUUACAGGAGAUUAUAGCUCACUCAGGCGACAUCACAGCCCUAGACUGGGUAGGACAAGCGUCCAAGUUCAACAGUUGUCUCCCAGCCGAGAUUUCCUCAUACAAGGCUCUACCGUGCAUGCUACCAUCUCUAUCUGAACACGACAUACAUAAUUCGGUCUCCGCACUACGAAACAAUAUUGUGGCUGUGGAGUCGGCUUCGAAAUUGUAUACCAUUCUUGAGCACCUUGGCGUUCCUCGUUUCGCAAACUCCAGACUGCAACUGCCCUGUAUCACAUUUCCUCUCACAGAAGUCAGGCGGAGUACUGGCGGAGACGGGGACAAAUGUUUCACAUAUGAAGUCAAGGCAGACGGACUACAAGACCUGCUGGUCACAACGGGAGACAAGCUUGUUCAAUUCUCGCCUGCAAGACGUACUCGGCAGACAUUCUUGUUCGUCCGUCCGUGGAAUCGGUAUGAUCUCGACUUUACAGACGAGUCGCAAAGCGUGGACGAUUGGCCUGACGAGCCUGGAGAUGAUGAACUGGUCACCAGAGGGUUGAGGUUGCUCGUUCGCCUUUCUCGUCCUUUUGGUGCACUUUUGCUAGCGCAACAGCGUGGUGGGGAGUAUAAGAGAAUUGCCUCGGAUAACAAUAUCAUCGCACAAGUCAGGGACACGACUUCUGUUGAUGACAUGAUGGACGUUAGGACGCUGGAGAUAUUGUAG